AUGACCCAAAUCCAGCAGGUUACAGUGGAAAACAUCGUGCGCGUAGAAGCAAAAGGAAUUGCAGAUGGUAUAAGUACAAUAGAUGAUAAUGCAGUAAAUGCAAUACAGGAAAGAUUUAAUCAAAUGCAAGAGUAUUGUGCUUUAUUUGGGUUUCUUUACGAUAUUUUUAACUUAAAGGAUAAAAACGAAGCUGAUAUUCUUAUGCAAUGCAAAAAGUUUGAAAGUGCCUUAACGCAUAAUUCCUGUAAAGACAUUGAUGGAGAAGACUUAUGCUGGGAACUUCAAAGUGUGUCUCGAAGACUUCCAAAAGUAAUGGGCCCAUCUGAAGUUCUUCUUUUCAUUUUAAGGCGUGAUCUCCAGAAUAGCGUUCCUAAUAUUUACGUCGCGUUAAGGAUUUUAUUAACUCUCCCUGUUUCUGUAGCAAGUGGAGAGCGCAGUUUUUCUAGAUUGAAAUUAAUUAAAGCGUACUUGCGCUUGACGAUGACUGAAGAAAGAUUAGUUGGAUUAGCGACAAUAUCAAUAGAGCAAGAACUGGCUUACAAUCUGGACCUCUGUGAAUUAAUUUCAUUAUUUGCACAGGAGAAAGCACGCAAAGUAGCAUUUUAA